UCGACCAUGGCAUCCGAAUCUCAAAUAGUUAAUUGGGUCGAAAAAUCCAUAGAGAAACUAGAUCUGAAAAACUACAAAAUAAACAUUACAGGGCGUUCAGAAAAAGAUGAGGGCUACGUCGGUGACAUAAUUUUUGUCGAGGUUGAAGGGGCUUGCGAAGAAAACAAAUCCUCGAUCCUGCAUUUAGUGGUGAAGCACGCUAAAAUCAAUGAGCACAUGAGGAAAGCUAUGCCGGUGGAUAUCAUUUUCGAAAAUGAAAUCUACAUGUACUCUACUGUGAUUCCAGCUUUCCAGAGAUUCCAGAAGGACAGAGGAGUGGACAACGUCUUCAACUGUAUAGCCAAGUGUUAUUAUUCCUCUUCCUCUGAAGACACGGAGGUCCUGAUUCUGGAAAACCUCAAAGUAGCCGGGUUUCAAAAUUAUGACAGAAAGAAACCAAUGGACUCUACUCAUUGCAAGGCGAUUUUGCAGCAACUAGGCAGGUUCCACGCUGUCUCCUUUGCAUUGAGGGAUCAAAAUAAGGAUGAAUUUACUGCCCUGACGACCAAUAUACAAGAUCCCAUGAAGUGGUUCAUGAACGACCCUGCGACCGUUUCCUCCAUGAAGAAAUCGCAAGAGUUUGUUUCUGCAUUGUUGAAGAAGAAAGGCGAUUUGGAGUUGUACGAUAAACUGGAAAAACUGUGGAAAUCACUCGAUACAGAAGUCAAUGACGAUUUCUUCACAGAUGACGAACCGCAGAAUGUUAUAAAUCAUGGUGAUCCUUGGUGCAACAAUUUUAUGUUUAAAUAUGAGGGUCUUGACAAAAACAACCCAUCGGAAGUGGCAAUAUUGGACUGGCAAAUGUCUGCAACACGAUCACCAGUUUUCGAUCUCUCGUACUUUUUCUACGCCGUAUGUUCCAAAACGGAGUUGGAAUCUUUUGAGGAGUUGCUGAAGUUCUACUACGACACCUUCGCAGAGCACUUGGUCGAAUUGGGAAGCGAUCCCGAAGUGCUCUUUCAAUAUUCCGACUUGAAGAUACACUGGAAAAAGUAUUCUAUUUACGGGGUCCUUACCGCGUGUACAGGGUUGAAAAUAUUUCUUUGCGACAAGAAAAAUGCACCAGAUUUAGGCAGCAUUGAGGAGGGAACACAUUUCAUGGAGUUAUUUACGGAUGUACCAUUGGACGAGGUGCCAUUCUACGAAAGAAUAAAACCAGUUAUCUGGCACUAUUUUGAUUUUAUAGAAAAAAAUUACAAAACUAUGGCCACAUAUACUCAGGUCGAAUGUUGGGCUGAGAAAUUUCUGGUGUCAGAAAAUUUAAAGAAUUACAAAGUUGUGAUACGCGGCGGCACCGAAAAGGGUGAAGGUUUUCUAGGCGACAUUCUGUUCGUUGAAGUUGAAGGAACCACUCAAAAUGAUGUACCAAAACGGCUGUACUUUGUGGUGAAACACGCAAAACCCAGUGAAAAUUUCAGAAAAACCAUUCCUGUCGACCUGAUUUUUGAAAAUGAGAUACUCUUGUAUACCGCUGUCAUUCCUGCCUUCCAGAAAUUCCAACAGGAAAAACAAAUUACCGAUUCGUUCGAUUGCGUCGCCAAGUGUUUCUAUUCCUCUACCUCUGGAAACAUAGAAGUCUUAGUCCUAGAGAACUUGAAGAAAAAAGGAUACCAGCACUACGAUAGAAAACAACCUAUGAAUCUGAACCACUGCAAAGCGAUACUGAAGCAAUAUGGAAAGUUACAUGCUCUCUCUUUUGCCAUGCGGCAUCAGAAGAAAGAGAUAUUCGAUGAUCUGGCGUCGAAGCUUCAUGAUACACCAGGUAAGAUCUUGGGAACCGAUCUUGUUGGCAAAGUUCUCGAUGAUUCUAGAGACGUCAUCCUGGAGAUGUUCAGAAAAAACGGCGAUGGUGUUCUUCAUGAAAAACUGGCGAAAUUGUUGGAGAGGGGUCCGCAGGUGAUGAUGAUGGAGGCACUCAACGCCGAAGAGUCCCAGUCUGUUGAAGACUCCAAAGAUAAACCCUCAGCAGUAGCCCUUAUUGAUUUCCAACUAUCUACCCUGCGGUCACCUGUGUUCGACCUGUCCUACUUUUUGUACGCCGUUUGUUCCAAAACCCAACUGGAGCGCUUCGAAGAACUUCUACACUUCUAUUACAACUCACUUGCCGAACAUUUGAAGGAACUGGGAAGUGAUCCAGAGGAAAUCUUCUCCUAUUCCGACUUGAAGAGUCACUGGAGAAAAUAUUCCAUUUUUGGACUGGUCAACGUGAGCAUCGGGCUGAGAAUAUUUCUUUGCGACGAAGAAACAGCGCCCUCUUUAGAAGAUGUGGGAGAUGAAAACACUUUUGUUGAUAUAUUCAAGAAUAUAAAGUUUGAGGACGACACGCUGUUUUACGAUAGGAUAAAAGGAGUAGUGUGGCAUUAUUUUCAUUUCUUGGACAACAAAUAGUGAAUUUUAAGGUUGACUUUCAAGCCUAUUUGCUUUGUAAAAAACAACAAUGUGAUUAUAGUUUUGACAAAUUCCAGUAAAAGGUCAUCAACACCCACCUAG